ACAUCAGUCGCUCCUGGGCCGGCACGGAGUGAACACUUUAAACGGAGUCAAGAUUCAAGAAAUCCGUGAGUCAGAAACGUUCUGUUGCCACAGUACAUUUUGCGAAAAUUGCGGAUUCUCUGAAUUUCUUCCCGGAUUCCCAGUGAUAAAUUGAAAGAAAAUCUUGUACAAUUUGGAGUACAGAAAUUUAUCUAAAGUUACAAUUUCCAAGUGAUUUCAGAAAAGGUGUGAUUAAGUUAUGCAAACUUUUGAAUAAAUAACAGAGCCCUCUUAUAAAAUCUAUCAGGAUGUGUGAGCUGUUGAGUUUCACUGAGAAUGCAGUUUGGCAUGCUUUCGACUUCUUAGCUCUAGAAUCAGGGGGAUCAGCUACCAAAUCCAAACUGAAGGUUUUGACAUCAAGUCUAGGAACUAUACUAGAGGUGCCUGGGUCUGAAAAUGGUUUACAGGAUUACAGGAGUACAGAUACACUUACCUUCGCUCAGUACAGGUUCUACCUACAGAGGGAGGUCUUUGCUUCGCUUCCAGAUAAGAUGAGUCUUGAAGAUCAGAUGGAAUUGGAAAAUAAAAUAGAAGACGUCUGUUGGUUGAUUUGUAAAACACCAUAUAUAGAAAGAGGCAGCCCUCUCCUCAAUGAAAAAUGUGUAAAACAGGUUUGGCGGAUUUUCUGUAUGCUCGGGGAAAUUAUUCAAGAUGAACACUCGGGCAAUCUUCAGGCUAUCAUGGCGGCUCGUGAAGUAGAAUUGGUUUAUCAGCAGUUUAUCAACUGUUUGGGGUUAGGGGACUCAUGGGACCCGGAACAGUUCGAUCAGGUUGUAUCGGUGAUGCCUGUUUUCAAGUUUUCUAUAUUUCUUGCUGUUCUAGAAUCUAAAUAUGCCAAGGAUCUGGAUAUCAGCACAACAGAGGAAGCGGUUAAGGAUCUCACUGACUACUUUUUAUUGGAUGUUAUUAAAAAGGGAAAGCUGAAGAAGAGACUAGAUCUGUUUCCGUCCUUCAGAGAAAGCUGGAUUGUUGUGCGUCCUCAUAGAAUCACAGUGUACAGCAAUUGUAAUGAGUUGGAUGUAAAGGGAGAAAUAGAGUUAAACCAGCAAUGUAGAGUGGAAAAGGUUUUGACACAGACAUCUAUUAUUCCACUGAAGCAAUCUCCACAUAGAUUUGUUUUGGCAGGGGGCAAUAAACAGUUUGAGUUUCAGGCCUACGAUCACAGGUCCCGUCUACAGUGGUGUGCGGCAUUUGAGAAAGCAAUCGAGUUUUCCUACCAAGGAUCAAGAUACCAACGCAGUUUGGCAGCGGGUCGAAGAGAGCAGAGAGAUGAAGAGAUUGUAAAGAGAAUCAGUCACCAGGAUCUGGUAGAGCAGACUAAAGCAGAGUUGGAGGCUGAAAAAGAGGCAAGAAUGAAGGCUGAAAGUAGAGCCCUUGUGUUAACUAUACAGAAAGAAGAGGAACUGAAAAGAACACAGGAACUUGAAAUUAUAAGAGAAGAAUUAGAGAGACUCUUAGAAGAAGAAAAGCAGGCUAAACGGGACGAAGAGAUAGUUCGCACCCUUCAGGUGCAUGAGCAAGAAUACGAAUUCCAUAAAGAGCUUCCGAGAGUUCCUACCCUUCAUCCUUCAACCCUAUCAGUUCUUCAGGAUGUUGGUGAGGGAACCCCUAAAUACCGACCAUUGCGUUCAGCCAGUAUGAGAGAAACAAGCUACUCUAGAUCUAUCAGAAGAAGGAAUCGAAAUGAGAAUAAACCGGUUUCUGGAACACACGCUGAAGAGCCAAUGUCCCUGCCUAUGCCCCCGCCUAUGUCCCUGCCUAUGUCCCUGCCUAUGCCCCCGCCUAUGCCCCUGCCUAUGUCCCUGCCUAUGCCCCUGCCUAUGCCCCUGCCUAUGUCCCUGCCUAUGCCCCUGCCUAUGCCCCUGGCUUAUGUCCCUGCCUAUGUCCCUGCCUAUGUCCCUGCCUAUGCCCCUGCCUAUGCUGCUACGCCCAACUAA